GUGUCCCUUUCCGUUAGAACAGCCGCACACGCUUUCAAAGGGAGACCAGCACAACACCCUCCCCUCUCUAUCUUUAUUGUUUGAUCAUUCAGGGCCACUGCCUAUUUACGGAUACGUAGACUUCAGCGCGUCAGCUGUCUGAAAUAUACACACACGCACACCAACGAACAGACAACACCAACUAAGGACAAAACACACGACGAUGGACCUGCAGCGGACGCCGGUGGACAACACGCCGUUGCUGGUGAAUCUUCUGCGCCUCAUACGCGAUGCGCGUUCCCCCAACUACAAGGACCACGAGAAAGGUCCGGUGACGUUCCACUUUGGUGGCCUCAGCAUGCGAGACACCGGCGGCUACACGCAGGCGGAGGAGCUGUGGCGUCGUGCAAGUGCCCGCCACAAGGCCAACGCCGACAACAGUAGCGAUGGCAGCGGCGCACCCUUCCGUGGGCCGAUGCACCUCGCGGUCUACCUCAAUGACGCUCCUGUGGAGGUGUGGACGCUGCAGGACUUCCGUGACCCCUCCACCGAGCACUCCGUCCCCCGCGACUAUGAGCAGUUGGAGCAGCUCAACACACUGGUGCGCGUCCUCUUCGCCCACCUGCGCAGCCAGGAGAUCUACGGCGUUGUAUUGCAGAGCUGUGUGACGGCGACAGAUGAUGCGGCCCUCACGCAAACUGACCUUCGUGACGGGCGUGCUGCCGCCUCUCCUUCGUCUCCUCUAGGGCGAGAAGCCACCGCCUCAAGCAUACGCGGUCCGCAGUCACCUUCCAACCACGUCUUGCUGCGGCUCUUCCAAAAUGGAGCCGACGACUGCCCUCGCAUACCGGUCACCGCACAGAAGCGGUACCUAUGGUCCAGCGAGGACUUCGUGCGUGUGGACGCGGUGAUGAACAAGGCGUGGCGCUACCAAGCCGCACCGCCUCUCUCUGCCUUCCCUGCAACGGCCGCCGCAGCUGACCCGAUCAGCGGCGCAGCGCAGGAGCGCUCGUCACCGAUCAUGACCAACAGCAGCCGCGCCUCCCGCGCGCAGACGGUCGACAGCGACGCUCCUUCGCCGUCCACCUCACCGGAAGUGUUGGGCUCGCUGGCGAAGUCUUCGCUGCCCACGCCGCACCUCGCGCCAAUCGGCACGUCGCCGUCCUCCAUCAACCGACACUCUGGAGUGAGUCCGAUGCGUCACAUCUCCCCGCUGUUGAUGCACCAAGGCAAAUCGUCGACGCCGGCUUUGCUCGACUUCGCGCUGCCACCGCCGGAAUUGUCGGAGCUCUUCGACGGUGAGCCGACACGGCAGUCCCGCUCCAGUCCGCUGGGGCAGCGCAACCCGUCCAUGUUCACUUCGGUGGUGGGGAACCCAACUGGCAAGUCGAAUACUCUUGCCUCGCAAGUUCCCACGCCUGCCGUUCCCCAAGGCGCCGCCGCGGUGGCGUCUGCGGUGGGGCACCUGGAGGACGUGAUGUGGCUAUCCGACGCGUUGCAUGUACGGCGGAUGGGCACGCUGGUCAGUGGGGGCAAGGACGGAGCUGUGGUGUCCACCUCUCCGUUUUCGACGCCGCUUGGCACGAAGCGGAGGCUGGGCUCCGCCAGCGGUGGUGGGCUGACGUCGUCUUCGCCGACGCAGCCGCAGAUGGGCUCCCUCCUCGCAACCGUCCCCGUCGGGGCGCUCUCUGCCUUGGACCUGGACAGCCAGCUCGGGUGGAGCAGCGAGGAGUUGGAGGACUUCCACCUCAACGUUGGCGCCCUCGGUGACGGUCAAGAGCGUGACGCGACGCUGGGCAACUCUACAUCUGACGCCACCACAGAGCAGCUCAUGUCUCUUCUUGGACUGUGCUCAAGUGUCAAAUUGCACCACGUUGCGCCGGCGCCGUUUGGUGAUUUGGUAAUCGCGCUGAACCUGGAAGACCCCACCACUUGA